GCAUUUGUAUCAAUGUAUUUUUUAUCAAUGGUGAUUUAUAGAGACUAUUUAUUGCGUCUAAAUUUUGCGCAUCAGUGUAACUUGUUAGUCGGCAUAGAUCUGUGCAUUUGCACGGAACUUAUUCACUGUGACAGAGAUGUCUGAUAAUCAAACCAAAUUGAUUGUAGGUACGGCUGUGGCUGUAGGUACUGCUGUGGCCGGUUUGGCAUACUUGUAUUUGAAGCGAGCAGAGGAACCGAUUCCAACUAAAUGGAAGAAAGUGGGCCAAAUCAUUGAUUUGAACUGUUUCCCAGUGAAAUCAUGUGCGCCAGUCAAGCGGAAUUCGUUCGAUUGUCAUUUGCUCGGAGUGGAAUAUGAAGGUCUUUUUGAUCGUUGUUUCAUUAUCUCGCAGAAUGGAAAGCAGACCACAGCUCGAGUUCAUCCAAAAAUGGUUUUGAUCCAGCCAAAAGUCGUUGGAAACGAACUGAUUUUGUCUGCACCAGAUAAACCAAAUUUUGUACUGAAUUUGGAUGAACUGAGAGAAGAGUCGAUCAACGGCAAAGUUGAAUGUUGGUAUGCGAAGGUGAAUGGCAUAGAUGCUGGAGAUGAGGCUGCCAAUUGGUUGUCUGAAUAUAUUGUCGGCAAGCCCGGUGUAUUGCGGCUACUUUACUAUCCAUAUUCAUAUCCAACAAAGGGAGUUUCGAAGAAUGAUCGAGUUUGGAAGGCAUACAGAAACGAAGAUGCAGGAACCUAUCAUGAUAAAACCAGUUACAUGCUGAUAAACCAAGGAUCAAUCGACGAAUUAAACUCACAUUUGGAUCACGUGGUAAAACCCCUUCAAUUUCGUCCGAAUCUGGUUGUCGAAGGACCUGAUGCAUACGAUGAAGACAAGUGGAAAUGGGUUAAAGUGGGCGAUGAUGUCAUUUUUCGCGUACUAAAACCAUGCACGAGAUGUAUUUUCACUAAUAUCAAUCCGGAGACUGGUGAGCGUAAUCCAAAACAUCAACCACUUGAAACAUUGGUUAAGAAUCGCUCGAUAAUUCCCAAUAAUAGUCCAGUUAUGGGCACUCAGAUGGGCGUUAGAGUUACGGGAAAAAUUUCCAUCGGCGACGCAGUUUACAUCAGCGAUGAAAGUGAAGCGUGAAACGUCAACGAAAAUCGCAGUUUUAGUUGUUAAUUGUUAAUGAGGAAAAAUAGUGGAGGCUAAGUUCUGUUUACAAAGACCAUCGGCCAAUCAUUGGUUUUGCAAUUUAUAUAUAGUUUGAUUCAAUACAUUCCUUUUUCAAUAAUAAUGGUUAUUUGGUCAGUUUAGAUCAAAGCAAAUCAUCAAUUUUAUAUUUAGAUGUUAUUGAUUGUUAACAAUUGAGCAUAAUUUCACAAUGCAUGGAAUUCAAUAUUGGAUUUUUGUUGGGAUAUACAUACGAAUUGUAUAAAUUGUUAGAAGACAUGUUAUUUUAAAGAGAUCAAUGAAACCAUUUUUGAUAAUUGCAAUUCUUUCAUUUGAGCGAGCAAACGAA